AUGGUUUUGGAAGCCAAAAAGCCGGUGAAGCACCACAAGGCCCCAUCCAAGAGCAAGGGGGCAAAGAAGAAGAAAGUGUCGUUGAAGUUUACGAUUGAUUGUUCGCAUCCUGUGGAGGAUGGCAUCAUGAACGCCGGUGACUUUGAAAAAUACUUGAAUGAGAGGAUUAAGGUGAACGGCAAGACUGGGAACCUGGGCAACAACGUGACGAUUGAGCGCGCCAAGAGCAAGAUCACCAUCACGUCGGACAUUCAGUUCUCCAAGCGGUAUUUGAAAUACUUGACGAAAAAGUAUUUGAAGAAGAACACGCUGCGAGACUGGUUGAGAGUCGUGGCCAGUGCCAAGGACACCUACGAGCUGCGCUAUUUCCAGGUACAGUAUAAUGUUUUUGUUGUUGUUGUUUCUGUGCGGUUUUUGUGA